AUGAAUUUGAGGCUAUCAGGUUAUGUGGAUCCUUGCGUCGUGGUUGGCGCGGCGCGAACCAUAUUGCGCGAGGUCAAGCCAUCGCAUCUUGUACCCAUCACGAGGGUGGGCGCAGACCGGGCGUUUUUCCACCAGCACGGGAACGGGCGGAACAGCCCAGGCGUAAACUCCGUUUGGCUGCCCGGGCUCGCAAAAGAAGAGGGCGCACCGAUGUUGCGCAAGAGACGCCCCCAAUUAGCGAGCAGCGCCCCCAUUAUGUUUCCUCCGAACCGCCACCCGUACGCCAGGGCCCUCGCAUUGGAGGAAAACGGGCAUGCACUGCAUAUGCGAAACUCUUCUGUGUGGUGCCAAAUGGGGUCCGUUAUGCGCUGGUUUUGCCGGUUUGUGGUGGCGCGCGGCUUGGGCAUUUGGGGAGAAAGCAUUCCUUUAUUUUUCGUAAGGCUUCAGUUGGCCUAG